AUGGGCAUAACAUACUCCCUCUUCUUCCCACCAAGCCCUCGCUUGACGGAAAGGAACUUGCCACGCCAAGAUGGCAAAGUAUUCCUUAUCACUGGCGGAGCCUCUGGCACCGGUUACGAACUAUUUACCAUCCUCUACCAAGCAGGAGGAAAGGUCUACAUAGCAGGAUGUUCAGAAGCAAAUGCCCAAUCCUCCAUAACAGCCAUCAAAACCCUAUUUUGCAGCUCACCCGGCGCUCUAGAAUUCCUCCCCAUCGCUCUCGAUGACUUCUCGACCAUCAAAGCUGCUGUAGUUAGGUUCAUGGCGUCGGAAUCGCGUCUCGAUGUCUUGUUCAAUAACGCAGGUGUCUCCAAUCCACCCAAAGGUUCAUGUGGAGCUCAGGGGCAGGAAUUACAGUUAGCUACCAAUUGUCUCGGUCCCUACCUCUUCACACAACUCCUCAUCCCCAUCCUCGUCCGUACUGCGGAAAAUACACCCCCCGCCGCAGUCCGCGUGAUAUGGACCUCCUCCAUCGCCACGGACCUCGGCUCCCCAAAGGGGGGUAUCGACCUAGCCGACCUCACAACACCCUCUUCCGACCAACAAAAGAACUACGACACCUCCAAAACAGGGAAUUGGUUUCUCGCCUCCCAUCUCGCUUCACAAGUCGGCUCGAAGGGUGUAUUGAGCGUGACGUAA